CACAGGAAGUGAGGAGGCGGAAGUAGUAAAACCCAUUUAGAGCGAGAGGUUGGCUGACUGAUGAGAUGGCAGAUGAAGAAGAAGACCCUACCUUUGAGGAGGAAAAUGAAGAAAUUGGAGGAGGUGCAGAAGGUGGACAGGGCAAAAGAAAGAGACUUUUUUCUAAAGAAUUACGAUGUAUGAUGUAUGGGUUUGGAGAUGACCAGAAUCCUUAUACUGAGUCAGUAGAUAUUCUUGAAGACCUUGUCAUAGAGUUCAUCACUGAAAUGACUCACAAGGCAAUGUCAAUCGGAAGACAAGGUCGAGUACAAGUUGAAGAUAUCGUCUUCUUGAUUCGAAAGGACCCGAGAAAGUUUGCUAGAGUUAAAGACUUGCUUACUAUGAACGAAGAAUUGAAAAGAGCUAGAAAAGCAUUUGAUGAAGCAAACUAUGGAUCUUGACACAUUUAUGUAUUUUUUGAAGCUUGAUUAUCUUCUGGAGAAAGUAUAUGUAGUAACUGUAUAUUUUCUACUGUAAGGAUCUGAUAUCUAACCAUGUAAAUGAAAGAUGAAGAAACACAAAAUCUUCAGCCUUUACUUUUAUGUCUUUGAUCUUAGAUUGGUAUUUGAGCCUGCAAUUGCCUGCCUUUGUAUUAAAUACUUGAAUUACUCAUUGUAUUUUAAUGACCACACGUAAAUUACUUUCUGACUUAUGACUAUAUAAAUGACAAAGUAGUAUUUAUGUGUUAGGUGUCUUUGUGCCAUUGUAUUGUAGACUGUACUGUAGCUAUUUAAUAUGUGAAAUCCAAAUGGCACCUUUGAUCCUAUGAGCUGAAAUGUAUUUCAUGUAUUCUCAAGUUUCUAGACAACAGUAGUCUGAGAGAUUGUUAAAGAUAGGGAACUGGUUUGUGUUUCUCUUAAGUGGAAGAUGACAGGAAAAUACAGACUUUGCAGGAAUGUUUAUCUGUCUUAAAAAGAUUAUUUCAUAGUCCUCUUCAGAUAACAAGAGUGAUUUUUUUGAGAAACUAAAAGUUUCAUGUGAAUGUUUCAGUGUUGGUAGGCUUUUUUGAUUGAAAACCUUUGGGACUUAUACAUACUGUUUGUCACAUUUUAGGAGAACUCAUUUUUCCAGAUCAGAGUGUAUCUAUUAAAAAUAAAUACUUUCAGUAUCAGGAAUGGCAUUAAAGCAUUCGAGAUAGCGUUUUAUUAACACAUUUGUUAGUUCUUGUUCAUUGUGGAAACGUAUACUUAGCUAAAACCAUAUGUGGCUAUGGAAACGCCUUUUGUAGUUCAGGAUAGACAGGUUUUGGGUGGAUUUAGCUAUAUUGUAUUAAAUCAUUAAUUGCACCAAGCAUAAAAUAAGGAUUGAAAUUGCAUUUAAAGGGAUCACUGAAUAUUCACAGUUUGUGAAACUGAAUGGUUUGUGCACCGCUUAUAAACAUUAUCUAUAAAUCAGUACUUGGGAAAAUUCUACUUUCUUAACCUAUUGAUACAAGGAAUAAAGUAUGACAAAUUAAACAGA